GACACGAGGCAGCAAUGUGGCUUCUUACUUUAACUUCUCUGCUGGUUUAUGGCUCUGUACACACAGCUCACGGUGUCCUGUACUAUAAGACUGGAACAGAGGGGAGAGGUGUUACUCUUGAUUGUAAAAAGGCUGGUAGUGUGACUUGGAGUAAAGGAGUUCCUGAAGGGACACGGCCCAUCCUCACUGUUACACCUGGAGGAGACACCAUUAAACACAACCCUGAUCCAGAUCACAGAUACAGUGUGUUAGAUGAUUUAUCACUCAUGAUAAGGGAUCUGUCUCUCUCAGACUCGGGGAUUUACUACUGUAACACUGAUACUGUCUACAAUCUGACUGUCACUCCAUUACAAGUCCUGUACUAUAAGACUGGAACAGAGGGGAGAGAUGUUUCUCUUUACUGUAGAAAUGAUGGUAGUGUGACUUGGAGUAAAGGAGUUUCUGAAGGGAGAUGCACCAUCCUCACUGUUAAACCUGGAGGAGACACCAUUAAACACAACCCUGAUCCAGAUCACAGAUACAGUGUGUUAGAUGAUUUAUCACUCUAUAUAAGGGAUCUGUCUCUCUCAGACUCGGGGAUUUACUACUGUAACACUGAUACUGUCUACAAUCUGACUGUCACUCCAUUACAAGACGUUACAUCAGCAGUAAAUAAUGUGACCAUCUGCUCAACGGCGGCUCCAGCAGGAACAACCUCUCACCCCAGCACUCCCAGUGGCAGUGAGACGGACUCUUCAGGUAACUCCACUGAAGGCCUCUCCACCCCUACAUCUACUAUGAAGACCACGAGUGACUCCACUGAAGGCCUCUCCACCCCUGCAUCCACUAUGAAGACCACAACAGACACCACAAAGUCCACAGAGACGACUCAUUCAAUGACGACCUCCAAAGCCAGUGUUUCCCAGAGCAGUAAACCAGAGCAAAGGUGA